GCCACAAACUACUGUCACAUGACACGUUUCCUGUCAAGAUGGCGGAUAAUCUCCCUUCGGAUUUUGAUGUGAUCGUAAUAGGGACGGGUUUGCCUGAAUCCAUUAUUGCGGCUGCAUGUUCAAGGAGUGGCCAGAGGGUUCUGCAUGUUGACUCACGAAGCUACUAUGGAGGAAACUGGGCCAGUUUCAGCUUUUCAGGACUGUUGUCCUGGCUAAAGGAAUACCAGGAAAACAGUGAUGUUGUGACUGAAAAUUCAACAUGGCAAGAACAAAUACUUGAAAACGAGGAAGCUAUUCUUCUUAGUAGCAAGGAUAAGACAAUUCAACAUGUAGAAGUAUUUUGUUAUGCCAGUCAGGAUUUGCACGAAGAUGUUGAAGAAGCUGGUGCACUGCAGAAAAAUCAUGCUUCUGUGACAUCUGUGAAGUCCAUAGAGGUUGCAGAGGCUGCAGAAGCUUCUUGCCUGCCUACUGCAGAUGAGUCAUUAAGCACCCGGAGCUGUGAAACACCAGCAGAACAGACUCAGAGCAGUGAUCCAGAGAGUUCACUAGAAGUAAAUGAUGCUGAAGCAGCAGAAGAGAAAGAAAAUCUUAGUGAUGCUAAAACUUCAGAGGAAGAGACAAGUGAAAAUGUGCCUCAAGUACAAGACAACACAGAGCCACCAAAGAAAAAUACCAUUACUUACUCACAGAUUAUUAAAGAAGGCAGAAGAUUUAAUAUUGAUUUAGUAUCAAAACUUCUCUAUUCUCGGGGAUUACUAAUUGAUCUUCUAAUCAAAUCAAACGUUAGUCGAUAUGCAGAGUUUAAAAAUAUUACAAGGAUUCUUGCAUUUCGAGAUGGAAUUGUGGAACAGGUUCCCUGUUCUAGAGCAGAUGUCUUCAAUAGCAAACGACUUACUAUGGUAGAAAAACGAAUGCUUAUGAAAUUUCUAACAUUUUGUAUGGAAUAUGAAGAACAUCCUGAUGCAUACAAAGCAUAUGAGGAAACUCCAUUUUCUGAAUAUUUAAAAACGCAAAAAUUAACCCCCAACCUACAAUAUUUUGUCCUGCAUUCAAUUGCAAUGACCUCAGAGCCAACAAGCUGUACUGUAGAUGGCCUCAAAGCUACCAAAAACUUUCUUCACUGUCUUGGGCGGUAUGGCAACACUCCAUUCCUGUUUCCUUUAUAUGGCCAAGGUGAACUCCCACAGUGUUUUUGCAGAAUGUGUGCUGUGUUUGGUGGAAUCUAUUGUCUUCGCCAUUCUGUACAAUGCCUUGUAGUGGACAAAGAAUCCAGAAAAUGUAAAGCAAUGAUAGAUCAGUUUGGUCAAAGAAUAAUAUCUAAACAUUUCGUUAUUGAAGACAGUUACCUUUCUGAGAACACAUGUUCCCGUGUACAGUACAGGCAGAUAUCCAGGGCAGUCCUGAUUACAGAUGGAUCUGUACUAAAAACGGAUUCAGAUCAACAGGUCUCCAUUUUGACAGUGCCAGCAGAAGAACCAGGAAGUUUUGCCGUUCGGGUCAUUGAGUUAUGCUCUUCAACAAUGACAUGCAUGAAAGGCACAUAUUUGGUGCAUUUAACUUGUGUGUCUUCUAAAACAGCAAGAGAAGAUUUAGAACAAGUAGUACAGAAAUUGUUUACUCCAUAUACAGAAAUGGAAGCAGAAAAUGAACAUGUUGAAAAGCCAAGGAUUCUAUGGGCACUCUACUUCAAUAUGAGAGAUUCUUCAGAUAUCAGCAGAGAUUGUUAUAAUGAUUUACCAUCCAAUGUUUAUGUGUGCUCUGGCCCAGACUGUGGUCUAGGAAAUGAUAAUGCAGUCAAACAGGCAGAAACACUUUUCCAGCAAAUCUGCCCAAAUGAAGACUUCUGUCCAGCCCCACCAAAUCCUGAAGAUAUUGUCCUUGAGGGAGACAGCUCACAACAAGAAGCUUCAGAAUCCAGUGUCAUACAAGAGGCCAACUCAGAGAUUCCCAAGGAAAGUACAGACCUGGGAAACCCAGAGGAGCCCUCUGAGUAGUGCAUAUGCCUCAGACUUAAUAUCCUAACUUGGAAAUUCCUCUUGGUUUCAUAGUCUUCUUGAUGGAAGGAAUAUAUGAAAUCUUUUAGAAAACAACAACCAAUAGGCAAAAUUACAAGAAGAAAUGAGUCCCAGAAAUUUAAAGGGGAAUUUUCUUCAAAGAGAGCAUUUCCAGGAACAUAAAACACUUGUAAAGCACAUUGACUUGCCUGUUUUAAGAUAACAAACCUGUAAGAUUAGCAAAUAAAAAAUAUAAAUGGACUGAUUCCUAGGAAUGUAGCUAUGAUGUGAAAGGGAUCCUAUGCAUAGUUAGUAAUUAUGUGGUGUUCACAUAAAUUUGUUUGCCACUUGGGAUCUUUUUUGUUGAAAGCCACAUCUGGAGAGUCAGCUCACAUACUUAUUUUGAUUAUUUGAAUUAUAUUUUCAUUCUGGGUAUGAUAUAACAGAUAAAAGGAUAUGUAAAUACAAUAGAGUAAAGCUAAGCUAUCAUAAUCUGGCCAGAAGCCUAUAUUUGGGGUAAAAGUUGGUUUUAUUUUCUAUGUUAAGAACCAAAAAUGUCAAUACUAAGGUGUUCAGAUGUUUUGCUAAUAAUGAUUUGUUAGUAAUUAGUAAUUUGGAUGUAAUAUUAUACACACUGGCUAAAGUUCAAAAAUGAGGAAAUGUAAGAAUGGAAACAAACAUUUGGAAAAGGUCCUUCAUGAUUCUACUAAAUCAGGGUAACUGAUGCACGAACCUCCUUGUUCCCAGAACUAAUUUCAUUAUGGCUAUGCUACUCAAAAUAUUAGGCAAAUUGUUUAACUUCUUAUCUUCAGUUUCUCCAGAUUCAAAGUAGAAUACUAUGCUUACUAUGUCAGAGUGGUUAUGAGAUAAAUGCAGCACCAUCUUUAGAAUGGUUCUUCUGGAAAAAUACUGUUUUGAAACUUUCUCAUUGAUUGACCUGUGGAUAAAUAUCAAACCAACCUCAUGAUCACAGUGUUAUAUUUAUUGUGUUAAAAUUUUAAAAUGCAAGUCUGUUUCCUCAUUAGUAACAAGUGGAAUGGUCGUUUUUAAAGUCUUAGAAAUACUUAAUAAAUUCAUAUUCCUCUUCUGGCAACUAAACCUGAAACCAUGGAGAACUGAACAGAGUAUAACAGUUAAUAAACUGAAAUACACACUUUACAUGAAAACAUGAGGGCUAUACAUUGGCAGCAAAUCUAUUUGCAAUGCCUGCAAUUUAAAUUUCUCCAAGCUCUGGUGGUCUACUUUCUUUGAGCAAUAGUUUGGACCUAGAACUACCUGUAAAUAAAUAAACAAUAAAUAAACCCAGUGCUUCCUGUCAGUGAGCAGUGGCUCCAGUGUAAAGCAUAGAGUUCUCCAUGUGCAGCUAGUUCCUGGCCUGGCCAGGUUUCAGGGAAGAUUUCAAAGGAAGCUCCCAGCAGAGUCUUAAGAAAUGGAAAAAUCCAAGGAAUGUUGCUCUUGCUGACCCCUGCAGAUUGAAUUGAAUUGAGGAAGGAGGACAAACAUCCCAGAUUCCCUGGCUAGUCUUCUCAGACUGCCUGCACCUCCUGCUGUACAGCCCUCUCUCCUCUGUAGUACCCUUUCCCUUUUGUAAUGUCACACAAAUCAGGGACAGAAUCACAUUAUAAACUACUUUGUCACAAAGCUUCAGCUCUUCAGUCUGUUGUUGUUUCCUGAAGCCCAACUAGGGCAUGCACUAAAUGCCAAGUACACACCUGUACAGCACCAGGUAUUGGUCCUGCCUCUCCAUGGCAGCAAUAGGGAAGUUUCUCUUAGAUGGGGAUAUUCAGUUGGAAUACAAUCACAAUAAAGUUGCACCACUAAAAAUGUUAUACUUUGUUAUAAUCUAGAGUUAAGACCUCCUAAAUGUAGCAUGCGCAUUUACCUAAGGAGACAAUUAGGCUAGAUAGGUUUAGAAUAACUAGAAACCUUUGGACACUGCAGCUAUAUAAAUUGUAGAGCAGCAGCAGCAACUAUUGUAUGCUUUCAUGGCCUAGCUAAUACUGUAGCUUUUUUAUUCCUUUGAUGUCACCCAAACAAUCGCGCUUCCAGGUCAUUUACUAAAUAUAUUGUUGAAAUGCUUCAAGUAGUGGUUAAAAAUACCACAAAACUCUUCUUAAAGAUUGUAAAGACAGUUCUUCCUAUUUCCUGUUGCCUCAGAAUGCAAUACUAAACAUUUGAAGAGCAUUUUCUUGUUUUCUUAAUUACUGCCAGUAAAUACUUAUUUUUGCUGUUUUAACUUCAAAACAAUACCAACAACAAUCAUUAAGGUAAUGUUGUAAAACCAUAAGUUUAACAUGAUAUGAAUAAAAUUGCUGUUUUACAUAAUGCAAAUAUUACAGUAAUUUAAACUUUGAAAGUUGCUGUUAUCAAAGAAUUUUUACUUGUAUGUUCAAAAUAUUUAAAUAUGCAUGCCUGUUUUCUUAGUAACCAAAAAUCAUAUCAUUAAGUGAUUGAUAUAAGAUCCAACAACUAAUCCCAUGUUGCUUUUGUAUAUUUUUUCUAGUUGGUGUGCCUGCCCAAGAAAACAUAAACAAUAGAUGUCACUUUCUAUUUUUCUAAAGUAAAAUGGCCACAAACAUGGGUAACUUCUAGGAUAAAGGAAAUUUCUAAAAUAAUAUCCACAAUUAUAAAGUUGAUUGUUGACAAUUAUUAAUUUCUGGCAAAGUUGUUUCUAGAUUUUUUUCUGUCUUAAAUUUUCUUUUCUAGUUUCUAAAUAGUAGCAAUCAUUUUAAAGGAAUUAAAACCAUUUUCUUGCAAAUUAUUUAUGUACUGUUAUUGGUAUUGAAUAAUUUGUCUUUUUGCUCAGUAAACUUUAUUAUAUGUAUUUUUAAAAGCAUGAAUAAUAAUUUGCACACUGUAACAGGGAGUUUUCAGAGGAAAUAAAGACUUUUCAAUGCCUU